CGCUUCUCUGAUCUCUAAAGUCUUGCCUAAUAAUGUAGAAUGUAACUUUUUAAAUUCUAAAUAAUGCUGUUUAUAUUGAUGAUGUACAUAUCAACGUGAAUUUAGAAGGAGCUGAGUGUAAAAAGGAGCCUUUAAAGUGAGAAGAACGUUUUUAAAGAGAAGACAGUUGUGCCGUUGUAAUGACCAAUACCAAAACUGGCAGUCUGACAAGUAAUGGGAGUGUAAGCUUUCUAAGAGAUGGGUCAUAUUUUCCUUGCUGACUUGAUCUGUUUAGUGCGGAGUCCAACAAAAUCCGGAAGUCUGUGGAGUUCACCUGGGGCAGUUGCAGCUAUGCAGCCUUGCUGCCCUGCCCUUUGCAGCGGUGGUCCCGCGGCAGCACGCCCAAUUUCAAUGUCACCUGCCGGUCUGCUGCUGAUAUCCGCUGCGGUGCUGCUGGUACCGUGCACUGGGGAUGAAGCUGUGGUUUGAUUGGGGCUUUGCCUGGAAGCCAUGCUGACAAUUAAUCUUGCUCAGACCACAAUGAAUGUGGAACAUGAAAUUAGCCUCUUAGUUGAGGAGAUUCGGCGGCUGGGAACCAAAAAUGCUGAUGGACAAGUGAGUGUGAAAUUUGGUGUGCUGUUUUCUGAUGAGAAGUGUGCCAACCUCUUUGAAGCCCUGGUGGGAACGCUUAAGGCGGCAAAACGACGGAAGAUCGUCACUUACCAAGGAGAGCUGCUUUUACAAGGUGUUCAUGACAACGUGGAUAUCAUGCUGCUUCAGGACUGAGGCAGUGUUUCAGCUCUGUGUUAAUGGAAUUGCUUGAAACAGUUUGAUCAAUCAAACAAUUGUUUGAUUUGCCACAUACUCUUAAUAAGGCUGAUCAUUCCAAGGAGUUUUGAUGUAUUUUCUAUAUCUUUAUAGUCAAAAGAAAACUGUCCUAUUUUGGAAAACAUUCCCUUUUGUAAGUCUUCCUAAAAUGGUACUGUAUGUGAGUAAUGUAAAAGAUGCCAGAUCUUUUUCUCUCUCUUUUUUUUUUUUUUUUUUUUAAUCUCAGGUAAUUCUCUCAAAUGUCUGGUGGUUAUUUUCAACAUAUGAAGAAGAGGACUGGUAAUUUGAUGUUUACAAAUGAAAAUGUGCCAUGAAAGUAUAAAAUAAAAGCACAUACUUAAA